AUGGACGCUCAGAUCGAGAACGCCGUCCAGGCGGCGUUCAACCCCACCAGCAACUCAGGUCUCAAGCAACAAGCCUACGACUACCUGAACCAGCUACGAGUCGACCCCCAGGCCUGGCAGGUUUGCACUACACUCUUCGCACGAAACCCGAGACCAUCCGAGGUCGUCCGCCUCUUCUGUCUCGAAGUCGUCAACUAUGCCGUUCAUACCCAGGGCCUUGACCGCCAAAGCCUCUCAUGGCUGAAGGAUAUCCUUCUUGAUUACGUCCGCAACAUGUACGGCCAAAGUCAGCAAGACGAGAUCGAUCCGGCGCAUUUGCAAAACAAGCUGUCACAGACAUUGACAUACCUCUUCGUCUUUUUAUACAAUGACGGCUGGGACUCCUUCGUCGACGACUUCCUGGCCAUUGCCAGCAGCCCGAACAACACGGCCGGUGUAGUUCUGUAUUUGCGAGUUCUCGGCUCCGUCCACGAUGAGAUUGCCGAUAUGUUGUUGACGCGCAACAGCAGCGACGCCAAGCGCAACACCGACUUGAAGGAUCAGCUGCGCGCGCGCGACGUCCAAAAGGUUGCACAGUCCUGGAAGGACCUGCUCUCCCAGUACUCAGGCCAGAAUGACCAUAUCGUAGAGAUGGUUCUGAAGGUUAUUGGAAAGUGGAUUAGCUGGAUGGACAUCUCCCUGAUUGUCAACCAAGAAAUGCUCAACCUGCUUCUCCCAGUAGUCGGGCGCACAAACAACUCCGGCAGUGAAGACAAGGUUAGAGAUGCGGCUAUCGACACCCUUACCGAGAUUGUGGGCAAGAAGAUGAAGGGACCAGAGAAGAUGGAGCUCAUUUCCUUCCUCAACUUGCGUGCCAUUGUCGCCCAGCUCAUCGCCAGCGCGCCUUUGAGCGAUCUCAAGUCUACGCCUCAGUACGACACCGAUCUCGCCGAAGCUGUUGCCAAGCUGGUCAACACUGUCAUGGCAGACAUUGUGCGGGCUCUGGAGGAUGGACAGGCUGGUGAAAGUGCCCGAGCGAAGGCGGAACAGCACCUGCACGACUUCCUCCCCUUUCUCCUGCGUUUCUUCUCAGACGAAUACGAUGAGGUCUGCUCAACUGUCAUUCCUUCGCUCACCGACCUUCUCACCCUAUUGCGAAAGGUUGGCAAUCUGCCUUCUUCCUAUAAGGAAAUGCUCCCUCCUAUUCUCAACGCGAUCAUCCUGAAGAUGCGAUACGACGAGACUUCGAACUGGGGUGAUGAAGAUGAGCAGACGGAUGAGGCAGAAUUUCAGGAGCUCCGCAAACGGCUGCAGGUUCUUCAGAAGACUGUUGCUGCUGUGGACCAAGAGCUCUACAUCGAAGUGCUUAGCAACCUUGUUUCCCAAACGUUCAGCACGCUCGAUCAGCAGGGCUCGCAGAUGGACUGGAGAGAUCUCGAUCUGGCCCUCCACGAGAUGUACUUGUUUGGCGAGCUUGCUCUGCCGAACCAGGGGCUACACACCAAAAGUCAACCUAACAACACGGCAACAGAAAGAUUGACCAUCAUGGUGACGAAGAUGGUAGAAUCUGGAAUUGCCCAAUUCCCUCAUCCCGCUAUUCUGCUCCAGUACAUGGAGAUCUGUGUCCGAUACUGGCAAGUAUUUGAUGCCCGCCAAGAAUAUAUCCCCCAAGUCCUUGAAAACUUUGUGCGCCUGGUGCACCAUGAUCACGUCCGUAUCAAGACGCGGUCUUGGUAUCUCUUCCAAAGAUUCGUCAAGUUCCUUAGGGCCCAGGUCGGUAACGUGGCCGAGACCGUCAUUCAAUCCAUUAGCGAUCUCCUUCCCAUCAAGGCCGAGGUCUCCGAGAACAAUGGAGAUGAUGACAUGUCCUCGGACGAGUCUGACCACUCUGCCGACGCCUUGUUCAACAGCCAGCUGUUCCUGUUCGAGGCGAUUGGCUGCAUAGCUUCAACUGGAAGCACCCCGCCAGACAAGCAAGCCUAUUAUGCCCGGUUGGUGAUGUCUCCUUUGUUUAGUGACUUGGAAGCCCAUCUUCCCAAGGCGAAGGCUGGUGAUGCCCAGGCCAUUCUCCAAAUCCAUCACAUCAUUAUGGCUCUGGGCACACUGGCUCACGGCUUCUCGGACUGGACCCCCGGUAGCAACUCUACUCAACAACGACCUCCCCCGGACAAACUUGUGUCUGAUGAGUUUUCGAGAGCCGCUGAAGCCAUUUUGAUUGCCCUUCGUGAGCUGAACAGCUCUGCUGACAUUCGCACGGCAUGCCGCGCCUCCUUUUCCAAGCUUCUCGGUGUUCUUGGAUCUGCUGUUUUGCCCCAACUCCCCCAGUGGAUCGAGGGUUUCCUGUCUCAGAGUUCCUCCAAGGAUGAAAUGGCCAUGUUCUUGCGACUGUUGGAUCAGAUUGUCUUCGGCUUCAAGACCGAAAUAUUUAAUGUCUUGAAUUUGCUGCUCACUCCUUUGUUGCAGAGGAUCUUUGCCGGCCUGUCAGAGCCGGUGACUGGCACGGACGACGAGAUCCAGCUCGGGGAGUUGCGCAGGGAGUACCUGUCAUUCCUGUUGGUGAUUCUGAACAACGAGCUGCAGUCCGUCUUCAUUAGCGAGGCCAACCAGGCUUUCUUCGAAUCCAUGAUUACCUCAAUCCUCACUCUGGGACGUACGCUGGUGGCGGAGAAUAUCGGACCCAGCCGCCUUGCUUUCAGUGUGUUGGCGCGCAUGGUAAUCGUCUGGGGCGGACCUGAUGUCGCCAAGAUCUCGGAGAACCCUUUGCCCCCUAGCGGCUCCGCGAACCCAUCCAUCCCAGGCUUCGACCGCUUCAUGAUCGACCGCUUCCACCCGCUCUGCUGGGAGGUUUUCCAGGAUCCUAACUUCAGACCCCAGAACGACGCACAGAGCAAGCAGGUUCUUCAUGAGAUCGCCAACCUUGAACAAGCUAUCUACACCAAGACAGGAGACAUGUUCAUCCAGCACCUGCAGUCGCAAUUGUUUCCGCACUUGGGUGUUGACGGAUCCGAGUUCCUGCGGUAUAUGUCCACGUCGACGGACAGGAAGGGAUUUUCGGGCUAUUUGCAAGGGCUAUUGAAGAGCCGCAGGUAG